AGGGGCUGCGCGGAGGAAAUGGCGGCCGUGGGGACUGAGGGCAGCGGCAAAAUGGAGGAGACGGCGGCGGCGGCUAACGGGGCGGGCAGCGCCGGGGACGGGCCCCCUAAGAGUGAAGGUGAACGACCAAGCCAGAAUGAAAAAAGGAAAGAGAAAAGUGUCAAAAGAGGGGGAAAUCGUUUUGAGCCAUAUGCCAACCCUGCUAAAAGAUAUCGAGCUUUUAUCACAAAUAUUCCAUUUGAUGUGAAGUGGCAAUCUCUCAAAGACCUGGUCAAAGAGAAAGUUGGUGAGGUAACAUACGUGGAGCUCUUAAUGGACGCUGAAGGAAAGUCAAGGGUAAGUGAUUGA